ACAGCCCAACACUGUUGUGGAAGAAACCGCUGCUAUACAGCUGAGACUUUUUAAGUGACUGCUUCAGAACUCCAUCCUUGGGUCACGGCUCUUCACCAGUAGGGACUGCUGAGCUCCCUCCAUGGACCUACCCUAUUACCAUGGCCCUCUGACCAAAAAAGCUUGUGAGACUUUACUGCUUCAGGAGAGGAAAGAUGGCAAGUUUCUCUUAAGAGACAGCGAGUCAGUACCUGGAGCCCUGUGCCUCUGUGUCUUGUUUCAAAAUAAGAUCUACACAUACCGAAUCAAAACAGAAAAAUAUGGAUACUACACGAUACAGACAGCAGAAAGUGGUAAAAAGGUAUUAUUUCCAAACCUAAAAGAACUAAUCUCCAAAUUUGAAAAACCAAAUCAAGGACUAGUGAUUCCUCUUCGUUAUCCAGUAGAGAAAAAUAAUGUGUACCAGAGUCAGAGAAAUCCACCGGCACUGACUGCUUUGGAUGACGAUGAUUAUGUGAAUGUCAACAAUGAUGAUUAUGUGGAAGUCAUUCCUUGAAUUCUGAAACCCAAGCCUGAUGCCGGAGCAUGAAGAGAGCCAGCCUACAGUGGCUUCUCAGACUAUUGGGAUAAAGCUCCCUAAACCUCUGUGAUUCUCUGCUUCUCCUGAGAUUUUAAUGAUCAUGUCCUAGCACUGAACUUGGACCUUCCUGCCAGUCAGAGAAUUGGGCGGUCCAUGCCUGUUUGCCUUGACUUUAUAUCCAGUUAUUCUCCAAGAAAGGAAACUGCCUAACUGCCUGUAUAACUGGAAAUAUAAAUGUAGCCUGGAGACACUGUACCCCUCCAUCCCAAUAAAGUCUUCCAAGAAUCCCUGCAAAGCUAAAGCAGGUAGCCAUAGUGCAGCCUGACAGGUUAAAACAUAAUUACCACCCAAAUAGCCUCAAUCCGCACAUAACCAAGAGUCCCCACAAAAUAAUGAGGUCCUUGAAACCUCUUAUCUCAGAACUUGGACUCUGGAGCCCCAAAUUCAGUGUGAUUAUUUUGAAGUAAUCUAUUAUGCAAAUUAUUCCCUCAUCUCCAUCUAGUACAACAUUCUCUAUUGCCAGACUAUUCAAGAGAUAGUCAUCCCAAAGCAGUCAAUUAAGAUAUAAAGGCAGUGUAAAUAACAAGAAAGGGAACUGGUAGUAGAAUUGUUAUCUGCCUCCCAUGUAUAAUUAAGAAAGAACCCUUAAGUCUCUUGUAUGAUCCUGGGGAAUUCUCAUCGAAUCCACUCUUAAUUCCCACUAAUCCUCCUGAUAUAGAAGAGGGACAAAGAUGCUCCUGAACUCAGUAUCCUGGGUUUAAGAGGGGAGGGUCCACCUCCGGGAACAUAGUGAAUUUCUCUCAGGGUAGGAUAGAGGAUUGCUGAAGGUGAGAAUCAUCUCGAGCUUUGUGAAGUCUCUUGACUCUUUUACUAAGUUAAAUUUACUAUACACUUAAAAAAAGUUAAAUCUCAUGUACAAUCCUUUUUUCUGUUCUUUGUAUAUUUGUAUAUUCAUGUUUGUUGAUGUUUAAGUUUAUAAUAAAAAAUAAAAAUUAUUUUUAAAAAAUGAAGUCCUAGAGACUCUUCUUGGUCAGCCCCUGUUUCUGCUGGCCCCAGUGGAAUGCCCUUUGAGGGGUUUCCCCUCACGUGCUGGGCAUUUUGUCACUACUUCUUACACAUUGUUUUUCCUUCUUCCUUCCUCUUUGGACUCACAUCUCCCCCUCCAUCCACUUACAUACUAAAAAAAGAAAAAAAGAAAAACCCCAAACCCCCUACUACUUUAGAUUCAACAUUUCCAUGAAACUCUAAUUAACUAAUCCUGUCUCAUAUUCCAAACUCCUAGAUGUUUUGUAUAUAUAUCUGCGUACUAGUUGUGAUCAGUUUGAAAGUGAUUAGAUGGAUGAUCAUAGCUUCAUGUGGUACAGUGGAUAGUAUUGGGCCUGGAAUCAGAAAGACUCGAGUUCUAAUCUGGC